CAUGCCACAGCCAGAUGUAGACAAUGUGAUCAGAAAAAAAUUGAAGCAAUCCGUGUCACAGCUGGACAAGGCGGAGGCCGUGCUGUCUCACCUGGUGUCUGAUAUCUCUCCUAGUCUCCGCAUCACUAAGACGAUUGCGGUCCCUAACCUCACAGCUUUCCAGGACCUGUGUCGGUGUCUGGGAACAACAGACCCCGCCGCCAUCACUGGUCUCUGUCUCUGCUCUGAUCAGUUGUCUGACCCGAAGACACCAUGGGACGUCAGUAGCGAUGUGCUGAUGGAGCUCGAGAACUGGUGGAAGCGACGAGUGGCUGGGGCUGGGCCUGACAGUCACAUGACCCCUGUCCUGUACAAGACACUGAUAGCCAGGUUCUGUGGUCCAGCGACCACGGUGACAGUGCCAUGCACAUCUCCUCCCCGCCUGUGUGUCAAGACCUUGGGUCAGGCCGUGUUCUUGACAGGACAGUGCUACACUGCUCAGAUAACAUUGUUUCCAGAGCAAGUCGACCUGCUCAAUAAUGCACCCCAGAGACUAUUUAUAGCCGGACCACCCGGAACAGGUAAAACCGUGAUGCUGCUGCUGGUGGGCACAGAGUGGCUGCGACGAAGAAUCCAAGUCAACAUUGUGUGCACCGGCAGGUGGAGCCGUGUGGCAUGUAGGAUGGUGCACCACCUUCUGCUUCACACUAUAAACACUCAACAGAUUGCUGUGCCACUACCCGGCCUGCUGAAGCUGCAUCAAUAUGAUUUUAGUGAUGGCAAGGAUGUGGAGAAAGCCGUGAGUGACCUGUCACAGAUGGCGACUGAAGGGUCGUUGUAUGUCAUCGCUGAUGAAGUAGCUUCAGAGCAGAGCUCAGACUAUUACUUUAAGGAGUUUUGCGAAAAACUGCUGGCACGGGUAUCUAACCUCCACCUCUGGGCAGCAACUUGUUACCAUGGAAAUGCACCAGCCGGUUGGCAAACGGAAUCAUUAACUAGACCCCUCCGCUCUCCUCCAGUCAUAGUGAGAGAAAUAGAACAAGACUGGGCAAUAACCAGAAGCAAGGAAGUCCAGGCGUACAGUGAGCGAGGAGUACCCGACCACACGGACGGCCCACCAGUCACACAACUUACUCACCGAGGUCAGGAUCACUCGGGUCAUGUGAUCGGCGAGUGCAUCACGUGUGGUCGUGAGGUGGCCAGCUUACUAAACAGUCUUCACAUCGGAGUUCAAGCUCCAAACACAUCUGCGACUGGUGUCCCCACCAAAGGCAGUACCCCACCACCUACCCUGCAAUGGAGAGACGUGUUGCUGCAUUCGAGUGGUGUUGGUGACAAGUCGGCUGUGGUGAUGGCGAUGAGAAACGCGGGGAUUCCCGUGCAGGUGAUGAAGGAAGAUGAUCACGAGGAUGUAGCCAUCGCCCGCAGUGAUGUGGUGUAGGUGGCGGACGCAAAACUUAUUCGUGGUGUGGAGAGAAAAGUUGUAGUAUGUUUGCAGACUAACCUGGCAGACCUCAAUGUCCGACUUCACGCCAUGUCCCGAUGUACCUCACAACUUGUAAUUUUCUCCACUGAUAGGCCACUGGACCCUGGCCUUCACCUUCAGGCUGACACCCAGGCACAGGAAUUUGCCGAUUUUCUGUGACACGAUACUGACAAAAGCUCUUCAUCUCUCCAUCAAUGGAAAUGAACUUCAUCUUUGGGUGGCGAGGACUUUCUAGGGACAUGCAAUCGCCAGGUGAACUCCGAUGUGUGUCAGUAACGGUCGUGAGGUGUUGACGUAGUUGUGAGCGCUGUGCACUGUAACGAGUGUAAACUGACAAAUUAUGGGAAGUGUGUCCGUAAUUUUGAUGUUAGGAUAUAGUUGUUGAAAUCCAUCUGACCGUCUGUGUGUGCGACACAAACUUGUGAUUGUUCCUCCUUCCAACUUAGGCACCUGUGCUGGUAGUUGUGAAGUGAGGGUAAGUCUUUGCCCUGGGGUAACAUGGGGAAUCGAGGAUAAGCGUCCUGUUGCCGAUGUUAUAAAGAGGUGUACAGACCCCCAAAGAUGUUUUGAAAUUGUGGUUAUAAAGAAGUCGCAAAGGUAAAGAAGCAUGAAUUAAGUAGUGCCCACGGGGCUGGACAUGAAGAUGACACUCCCACGUCUGUUGCAUUUCACGAGGUCUAUUGUGUAUUUCAGCUGAACCUUUAAUGUCACCAUGAAUAUCAUUCGGUGCACAGACUAUGUCUUGCUUCUUUAGCAACAAGACUUCUUUACAAAAUAUUGAUUAACAGACUCUCACAUGAAAUAUAUUUCCUUUCGAAAUCUCGUCAGUUUUUGUAUCCAUGUGCACGUGUGGGUGUGUGUGUGUGCAUGCUCAUACGUGCCUGGUUUAGCCAAUCUUAAUAAAGACCUAUGUAGCGAGCCCAAAAAUUGAUUGUCCCUGCCUAUUAAG